AUGGGCACCGAGCAUGGGCAGCAGCCACAGUCUGGAGCCUGCAGGGGCCAUGGUUCUGGUGAUAAAAAGUCCAAAAAGCAUAGCCGGCGCAAGGAAACAUACUCAAUGUAUAUCUACAAGGUGCUAAAGCAGGUGCACCCUGACAUCGGCAUCUUUUCCAAGGCCAUGAGCAUCAUGAACUCAUUUGUGAACGAUGUGUUUGAACGGCUGGUUGGCAAAGAUGCCCGGCUGGCCCAGUACUCGGGCCAGACCACACUGACAUCCUGGGAGGUCCAGACGGCGGUGCGUUGCCUACUGCCUGGGGAGCUGGCCAAGCAUGCCAUAUCUGAGGGCACCAAGGCCAUCACCAAGUACACCAGCUCCAAGUGA